GCGCGCCGCUUCCGCCGCCGCCCCCCGCGCACCGCCCCGCGCUGCCGGCUCAUGCCCUCUCCGCGCCCGGCGCUUCUUGGAGCAGCCAGCGCAGUCCUGCUGCUCUCGCUGCCCGCCCGGCCCUCGCUCCCGCCCCGCCGACCCCUCAGCGCGCCCGCCCGCUGCCGAAUCGCCGUCCCCUCCGCCGCCGCCUCCCGGAGCAGCAUGGACGGCGCCGAGGCUGAAGAGGUGCUGGCGCCUCUCAGGCUAGCCGUGCGCCAGCAGGGAGAUCUCGUGCGAAAACUCAAAGAAGACAAAGCACCCCAGGUGGAUGUAGACAAAGCAGUCGCUGAGCUCAAAGCCCGGAAGAGAGUCCUGGAAGCAAAGGAGUUGGCAUUACAGCCCAAAGAUGACAUUGUAGACAGACCCAAAAUGGAAGAUACUCUGAAGAGGAGAUUUUUCUAUGAUCAAGCAUUUGCUAUUUAUGGAGGUGUGAGUGGUCUGUAUGACUUUGGGCCCGUUGGCUGUGCCUUGAAGAACAACAUCAUUCAGACCUGGAGGCAGCACUUUAUCCAAGAGGAACAGAUCCUGGAAAUCGACUGUACCGUGCUCACCCCGGAGCCAGUUUUAAAGACUUCUGGCCACGUAGACAAAUUUGCUGACUUCAUGGUAAAAGACGUGAAAAACGGAGAGUGUUUUCGUGCUGACCAUCUGUUAAAAGCUCAUUUAGAGAAACUGAUGUCUGAUAAGAAGUGUUCUGCUGAGAAGAAAGCGGAGAUGGAGAGUGUCUUGGCCCAGCUUGAUAACUACGGACUACAGGAACUUGGAGAUCUUUUUGUGAACUAUAAUGUAAAAUCCCCCACAACUGGAAAUGACCUGUCUGCUCCCGUACCCUUUAACUUAAUGUUUCAGACCUUCAUUGGGCCUGGAGGAAACAUGCCUGGGUACUUGAGGCCAGAAACCGCACAAGGGAUUUUCCUGAAUUUCAAACGACUUUUGGAAUUCAACCAGGGGAAGUUGCCUUUUGCGGCUGCACAGAUUGGAAAUUCUUUCAGAAACGAGAUCUCCCCUCGAUCUGGUCUGAUCCGCGUCAGGGAAUUCACAAUGGCAGAAAUCGAGCACUUUGUAGACCCCAAUGAGAAGGACCACCCCAAGUUCCAGAACGUAGCUGACCUCUCCCUGUGUUUGUACUCAGCGAAAGCCCAAGUCAGUGGGCAGUCUGCUCGGAAGAUGCGCCUGGGGGACGCUGUUGAGCAGGGCGUGAUUAACAACUCCGUGUUGGGCUAUUUCAUUGGCCGCAUCUACCUCUACCUCACCAAAGUCGGCGUGUCUCCGGAGAAGCUCCGCUUCCGGCAGCACAUGGAAAACGAGAUGGCCCACUAUGCCUGUGACUGCUGGGACGCUGAAUCCAAAACAUCCUACGGCUGGAUUGAGAUUGUGGGUUGUGCUGAUCGUUCUUGUUAUGACCUCACCUGUCACGCGCGAGCCACCAAAGUCCCACUGGUGGCCGAGAAGCCGCUCAAAGAGCCCAAGACCAUCAAUGUCAUCCAGUUUGAACCCAACAAAGGAGCCAUAGGGAAGGCGUACAAGAAGGAUGCCAAACUGGUGAUGGAGUACCUCACUGCCUGUGAUGAGUGCUGCGUCUCAGAAAUGGAGGUGCUGCUGCACGAGAAGGGGGAAUUCACUAUUGAAACUGAAGGGAAAACUUUUCAGUUAACAAAAGACAUGGUCAGUGUAAAGAGAUUCCAGAAAACACUACAUGUGGAAGAAGUCGUUCCAAGUGUCAUCGAGCCCUCUUUUGGCCUGGGCAGGAUCAUGUACACCGUGCUGGAGCACACCUUCCACGUGCGGGAGGGAGACGAGCAGCGAACGUUCUUCAGUUUCCCUGCUGUCGUCGCUCCAUUCAAAUGCUCUGUCCUUCCACUGAGCCAAAACCAGGAGUUCAUGCCGUUUGUCAAGGAGUUAUCGGAAGCCCUGACCAGGAAUGGCGUGUCUCACAAAGUGGACGAUUCCUCCGGGUCCAUCGGGAGACGCUAUGCCAGGACUGAUGAGAUCGGCGUGGCUUUCGGCAUCACCAUUGACUUCGACACAGUGAACAAGACCCCGCACACCGCCACUCUGAGGGACCGUGACUCCAUGCGGCAGAUAAGAGCAGAGGUCUCUGAACUGCCCACGGUGGUUCGCGAUCUGGCCAACGGCAGCAUCACGUGGGCCGAUGUGGAGGCCAGGUAUCCCCUCUUUGAAGGGCAAGAGACUGGCAAAAAAGACACGAUUGAGGAAUGAGAACACUUCUCACAACUUUUUACUGCUUGUGCUAAACAAAAAGAAAACACCUCUUAUGUCCACUUUGCAAAAAAAAGAAAAAAUUAAACAGCGUUGUGAUUGUUCAGGACUGUUUCAUCCUCAGUCGCUGCCUGAUCCUACCCCAUAAUUAAAGUCGGAGGAAUUCGGAACAA